ACCGCGCCCCCGCCCCUGCCCGACUGCCCGCGCUCGCUCGCUCUUCCCCCAGACUGCACGCAUCUACGAGAGUGCGCGCCUUACCCCGACCAGCCGAAUCCGCUCCAGGUCACAGCGAUCGUCAAGUACUGGUUGGGUGGCCCAGACCCCUUGGAUUAUGUUAGCAUGUACAGGAAUGUGGGGAGCCCUUCUGCCAACAUCCCCGAACACUGGCACUACAUCAGCUUCGGCCUCAGCGACCUCUAUGGUGACAGCAGAGUCCAUGAAUUUACAGGAACAGAUGGGCCUAGUGGUUUUGGCUUUGAGUUGACAUUUCGUCUGAAGAGAGAAACAGGGGAGUCUGCUCCCCCAACAUGGCCAGCAGAGCUCAUGCAGGGCUUGGCCAGAUACGUGUUCCAAUCAGAGAACACCUUCUGCAGUGGGGAUCACGUGUCUUGGCACAGCCCUUUGGAUAACAGCGAGUCAAGAAUUCAGCACAUGCUGCUGACAGAGGACCCGCAGAUGCAACCUGUGCAGACACCCUUUGGGGUAGUUACCUUCCUCCAGAUUGUUGGUGUCUGCACUGAGGAACUCCAUGCAGCCCAGCAGUGGAAUGGGCAGGGUAUCCUGGAGCUGCUGCGGAUGGUGCCCGUCGCUGGCGGCCCCUGGCUGAUAACUGACAUGCGGAGGGGAGAGACCAUAUUUGAGAUCGAUCCACACCUGCAAGAGAGAGUUGACAAAGGCAUCGAGACGGACGGUUCCAAUCUAAGUGGUGUCAGUGCCAAGUGUGCCUGGGAUGACCUGAGCCGGCCCCCUGAGGAUGACGAAGACAGCCGAAGCAUCUGCAUAGGCACACAGCCCCGGCGGCUCUCUGGCAAAGACACGGAGCAGAUCCGGGAGACCCUGAGGAGAGGACUUGAGAUCAACAGCAAACCCGUCCUUCCACCAAUCAACCCUCAGCGGCAGAAUGGCCUCACCCAUGACCGGGCCCCGAGCCGCAAAGACAGCCUGGAAAGCGACAGCUCCACAGCCAUUAUCCCCCAUGAGCUGAUCCGCACACGGCAACUUGAGAGUGUACAUCUGAAAUUCAACCAAGAGUCAGGAGCCCUCAUCCCUCUCUGCCUAAGGGGCAGGCUCCUGCAUGGACGGCACUUUACAUAUAAAAGUAUCACAGGUGACAUGGCCAUCACAUUCGUCUCCACGGGAGUGGAAGGUGCCUUUGCCACUGAGGAGCACCCUUACGCAGCUCAUGGACCCUGGUUACAAAUUCUAUUGACGGAAGAGUUUGUAGAGAAAAUGUUGGAGGACUUAGAAGAUUUGACUUCUCCAGAGGAAUUCAAACUCCCCAAAGAGUACAGCUGGCCUGAAAAGAAGCUGAAAGUCUCCAUCCUGCCUGAUGUGGUGUUCGAUAGUCCACUGCACUAGCCUGGGCUGGGCCCUGCAGGGGCCAGAGGAGAGCCCAGCUGCUCCCCGGUGACUUCCGGUGUCACAACGGUGUAAGGGAGAGUCCCACCAAUGAAAGGACAAGUGUGAGGAUGACCGAGCACCUGCAGCCCGGCGGGAUGCUGGGCAUGGGCAGCUGACCUCCGCCUCACCUGCAGUGCCAAGCCCACAUGACCAGGCCCUGAUCCCACUGGGUACUGAGUGGGCAAAUGCAAACCUUCCUUUCCUGCUGCCGCCUCAAGUUCUGGUUUGAGAAGUGACUCUGGACCUUUAAUGUGCCCCUCGGUCUCAGGCCUCCUCUCACCUACCCCCUGCCGAGCACCCAGCAGGAAGGAGGUGGAGUGGCCCUCGGGGCUCACUGCCCAGCUCAAUCUGGGAGCCUUUGGUAGUCAAGCUCCUCCUGCCACCGAACAAUUCCUCUGAUUGUGUUUGGUUUUCUUCCUCUAUUUUAUUUUGUAGAAACCGAUGGUAUUUUAUUGCUCUUCAAAGAUGUCCAGAAGCUGUGUAUAUAAUGUUUUUUAAACAGAACUUUAUUGCCAGAUGAACUUUUGCAUUCUCUCAGACAAGGGCUUGGGGCUAACUCCCUCUGAGCCGCCACCAGAGAAGGUAUGGUGUGCACCUGCCUGCCCAGGGCCCAGAGCAGCCAGCUUCAGAGAGGCUUUUCUUCCCAGGUGGGCCUGGUAGAGCCUGUGGCAGGGGAGAGCUGAGACUACCCCAUGAAGCCUUGAGUCCAGUUAAGCUGGGCCAAGAAGGGGUGCUGCUGCUUCCCAGUGGACUGGACCCCACAAAGUUAAAGGACCGUCAGGGUCUCAGAGACUUGGAAGCCUCAGCCUCGUCUUCCAGGCUUGCCUGGAAGAGGGUGAGGCCCAGCACCUCACAGAUCAUCCCCACCUGCCACUCAGGGCCUGGGUCUCCAGCUCUUUGACCACUCCUGCCCCAUUUCCUCAUCCCCUGGGCCUCCCAGCCUCCAGGCUGCAGGACUCUGGCUUAUUAAAAAUGGAAAAAGUAACCCUCUCAA